AUGGUGCCUAGCGUGCAAAGCCCUCAAGAUGGGCUCCUCCCGCCUCACAGGUUCACACAGGAUCAAUCAAUACGGCUGCGCCAGGCUGAUCGCCUUUCAAAAGCUGUCCAAAUCCCAACUCUAAUCAAAGAGCACAUGCAAGACCCUUAUAGUCAAGAAUUUGGUCCAUUUCUUGACUUUCACGGGCUUCUUCGAUCCUUUUUCCCCCUUAUGAUAGGUCUAGUCUUUACUUUAAAUGGGACUGAUCAAAGCCUCAAACCUCUUCUUUUCGCCGCCCACCAAGACGUUGUCCCUAUUGAUGAGCCCACUAAGUGGACCUACCCACCAUUUUCGGGGCAUUUCGACGGUGAAUGGCUCUGGGGCCGCGGAGCAAGCGACUGCAAAAAUCUGGUAAUUGGACUAUCCUCUGUGGUUGAGGAUUUAUUAGCCCAGGGAUGGUACCCAACCCGUACCGUUAUACUUGCCUUGGGCUUUGAUGAAGAGAUCCAGGGCCAGCUUGGUGCAAAGUCAAUUUCUUCCUUCCUUGAGCAAAAAUAUGGACGAUACAGCUUCGAAUUGAUCACAGACGAAGGUGGUAUGGGUAUUGUAACCCUUGCCAACGACGAAGGGGACGAUGACAUCGUUUACGCCCUUCCCGGGAUAAGUGAAAAGGGCAGUAUGAAUAUUUUCUUGGAUCUUCAAGUGCCGGGGGGGCACAGCUCUGUUCCACCGCCUCAUACAGGCAUUGGAAUAAUGUCUGAGGUCAUUUAUUUCCUCGAACGAGAAGAACUUUUUACGGCCCUGCUACCCAAGACACAUCCGACUCGCGAAAAGCUAGAAUGCCAGGUGAGAUACUCACCAAACUAUGUUGAAUCAUGGCUGGCAGACAUACUACAAUCCACCAACUAUGCGUUUGCAGCAGAGAAGCUGGCCUUCUCAAGGGGCCCUGAGUUUAGAUUUAUGCUGCAAACAUCGCAAGCGGCUGAUAUUUUCAACGGUGGUAUUAAAGCAAAUAAUCUGCCACAGAAUAUAUCAGCGUUGGUUAAUUAUCGGAUUGCCAUGCAUCAAACACCAGACACCAUCAAGUCUCGCGCUAUUCAGAUCAUUGCUCCUAUUGCUCGGAAACAUAACUUAACCUUAUUUGGCUUCCGGGAAGUCCCCAAAUCGAAAAGAGAUAACUAUCUACAACUGUCAACAGACAAGAUUGAGCUGCACCCGGCGCCCAUUAGCCCCACACAUGAUGCAGUUUGGACCCGAUAUAUAAACAACCAUCCCCUUGAUGCCGAAUGGCCUUCUACCGAAGAAUGGGCCGCGCUGAACGCAUCAAUCCAAGGAACCCUGAUCAAGACAGCCCCGGUUGCGUCGUCCUGCUAUCCCGGAAAUUCCUUUGGCUCGACUGAAAAUUGCACGAUCGUGAAGAAGUAUUGGCCAUAUGCUGCAUACCACUCCGCCUGGCCUGAGAGCGUCGAUUACUCAAUCUUUACCAACAACUCCUGCUUGCCCCCAGGUGUUGCAGGAUACACGGAGGGCCGGGGCUGUAGUAUCGGAGCUCUCCCACAGUAUAUUGUCAAUGCUACCACUGAGGAGCAGGUAGCCAAGGCAAUGCAGUGGGCGUCCAAACGAGAUAUCCGUAUCGUGGUGAAGGGAACAGGUCAUGACCUCAGCGGACGAUCUACCGGCGUAUAUUCGCUGUCGAUCUGGACGCACAACUUUAGGCACAUCGUCCAUCGACCUUCAUGGCCUGUGCCUGCCUCUAACCGCACUGCGAACGUCGUGAUCAUUGGGAGCGGCAACACCUGGGGAUCUAUAUACACUGCCGUUCAUGAACUCAACCGCACCGUCGUCGGCGGGGAGGACGCCACAGUAGGGCCUGGUGGGUUGAUUCAGAACGGGGGCCACGGUCUGCUUUCCAGCCACUACGGACUGGCUUCAGAUCAGGUAUACCAAGUCACAGUUAUAACUACGGAUGGCCGUCGCCUAGUGGCCAACCAUGUGGAAAAUGAAGAUCUCUUCUGGCCUGUCCGAGGUGGUGGUGGAGGCCAGUUCGGGGUUGUCACCGAGUUUGUUCUCAAGACAUACCCUGUACCUGCGAACGUUGUCACCGGCGGUCUUUCUUUCUAUCCCAACCACGGUAUGAAGGCGAGUGAGUUCGCCUCAUGGGAUGCCUUUGCGGUAACCGCACGCAUGAUUCCAGACCUGAUGGACUUGGGCUUGACGGGGACUGUCACGGCAUUGACGAAGGAGGGAGCCAUUAUGCUUACCGGUGUCAACGAGACGAUCCAGGGUGUGGCAGUCACCAUCGGCCUCAUUGGAUACAACAUGACAACGAAACAAAUGAACUCCACCCUUCACCACGUCGCAGCGCGCAUCACAAAUUACCACAAUUCAAGCGCCCUUUCACUGUCAUAUCAGCCGCCCUCAGCUCAGAGCUAUUGGACCUUCGCGAAACCCGACCCCAUGGCCAGCAAGGCCUCUGGCGCUAGUAGUUCCAUGAGCAGUCGCCUUCUGGGCCGUCGAGAGCUCACCGAGCUCCCGAAAGCCAAUCUAAUCACCUAUCUCCAACAAGUCCUUACAUCCCAGGACCCGGAAAAGGGUGCAAUGCUCCUCCUCGGCCUGCAGGGGGGUCGAGGACCAGCCACCAGGCCACCAGAAAUGCGCGGUAGUGUGCUCCCCGCCUGGCGCUCCGCAUACGUCCACGCCAUGCUCUACGGUGCAUCGAUCAACGACACUGCAGAUCCAGCCGAGGCCCCGGCGACGGCCGCAGAAUGGUAUGAGUCGGCCAUAGAGCCGGUUUGGAGGCGAUGGGCCCCGGAGACGGGCUCUUACAUGAACGAAGGGAACGCUUUCAGUACGAGCUGGAAGAAGGACUUCUAUGGCGAGAACUAUGACCGUCUCCUUGCGAUUAAACGCAAGUAUGACCCAGACGAGAGCCUUUUCGUUUGGAGUGGUGUUGGGAGUGAUAGCUGGGAUUAUGAUUUACGGAGUGGGCUGCUUUGUCGGAGGUAG